AUGCCAGUCAUUGAACAAGUUGCAGAGAAACCUUGCAUGUCGGAGAAGAUUGUGCUGGACGGUCAUUUGACGAAGAUGGCUUCUGAAGCACGGCUCUCUCGGCUUCCUUCCUUCAAGAAGUGGGGUUCGAGAUGCUCGAGAAAAGCACACUGCUCUUCUUCGGUCACCGAUUCCCCUGACCUAAAGAAGUCACUUGAGUCCCAGCCAGAAUCGGUGACUGCGAGUAUAGCCGUGCAAACCGACGCCCCUGCAUUCACAUCCGACACUGGAUAUCCUACAGAAGCGGAAUCGAAGGCCCUUGGAAACUCUUCCAGCAAGCUAGACACAGCGGAGAGCGCGCGCGCGGCGGAGACGAAGCCGGCUGCGAGCGAAGUGCACGAGGUCGCAGAGCAGAGCGGAAGUCUCCGCACGCUCAUCGCGGUUCUUGCGACGGUGCAGGCGGAUGCGCGCGCCGAAGUUGAGGCGCUUCGAGCAAAGAACGCCGCACUCCAACAGCAGAUGUCGGAAAAAGAAAAGGAACACCAGAAACAGGUUUCCGGUCUACUGGAAGAUUCUAAGAAGCACCGAGAGGAGUGCAGGCGGUCCGAGAAGGAGCGCGAGCGGUUCCACUACGUGCUCGCGUGCAACGGGCAGGAGGGUUCCGUUCCGCGCAGCGUUCUGGCGUCCGCUCCGGAGUCGCUCCUGUACAAGAUGUACUCCGGGGACUGGGACUACGCGCGCGACGAUCAGGGGCGCGCGCUCAUCACGUGCCACCCGCAGCGCUGGGCUGCCGUCCUGGAGCACCUGGCGACCGGAGCCGUUCCGGCGGAACGGGAUCCGCUGCUGCUGGCGCAGGCGCGCCACUGGAAUCUGCAGCGCUUGGUGGAAGGUCUGGAAGCGUUGGAUCCGGGCGUGACCGUCACAAACGACGCGGACUUGCGAGGGUUCAAAGUUCGCUGCACGUUCGUGUCCGUCAUGGAAAAGCUAAGCGGCGGCAAGGAAGACCCGCGGUUUGUUUUCCGAGGGCCUCAAGAAAGGUGGUGGGGGGUGAAGAUAACAAAGAAAGGCGUUGCGCUUGGAUCGUUGAUACCAAUGAAUUUUUUCAGCCCUAAAGUGGAAGACCUGAAGGGAAUCAGGCUCAAGUUCAUGAACGUCCGGCUGCUGUUACGAAGUGAAGACCUUGUGUGGAAAAGUGCACCCAUCGAUUUUCCUCACGGAUUAGAAUCCUUUGUAGGAUUCAGUUGGGGCAUUCGGGGGUACGGCUUAGAGCAGCUUCUCAGCGAGCCUCUGGCGAGGGCACCCGACAGUCUUGUGAUCGAGGUCGAAGUUCAUUAUGAAGAUCAAACGUGA